UGUAGAAUUGAAUUGUAUUGCAAAAUAAAAAUAAAAAUAAAAAAAAUCACGACUGGCCAGAGGUGGUGAUGCACACCUUUAAUCCCAUCACUUGGGAGGCAAAUGCAGGUGGAAAUCUGUGAGUUCAUGGCCAGCCUGGUCUAUAGUGAGUUCUGCAGGACUGCACAGAGAAGCCACGUCUCAAAAAACAAAACAAAACAAAAUAAAUAAAAAAGUAAAAACUGGAGAGAUGGCUGAGCAGUUAAGAGUGCAUGCUGCUCUUCCAAAGGCUGCAAGUCCAACUGCCAGCACACAACUGCCUAUGCUCCACAGAAUCCAUGCUCUCUGGUCUCUGCAGGUACCUGCACACACAUGGCACACACUCAUAAAGACACACAUAGACACAUAAAUAAAAAUAAAAAUGCUUUUAAAAGAACCAUUUUUCUUUCUCUUCAUAGUCAUUCCUGGAGCUCAAGGAUUCAGCCAUUAUCACCACACUCCCCAAACAAUUCCUGCCUAGAAACACAAAGGCUCAGAUUUCCUAGGCUAGAGUGGGAAUAUAGCUCAGUUAUAAACUAUAUGUUACAUACUUGAGCUACUGGGUCCAAUUCUAAGCACUAUACAGAAGAGAAAAGUAAAGAAAAUAAUCAGAAUCCCUCCCAGGCUACAUUAUCCACACAAGACCCACAGUACAUCACUAGGGUUCAGAAUCCAUAGGCUGAGGCUGGGUCCAGUGGGAGAGCCUUUGCCUAGCACACACAAGGGCCUGGGUGUGAUUCCUGGCACUGGAGGGGAGGGCAGGAAAUCUACAUGAACGAACCAGCUCACUACUAAUAAAAAGUGUGUUAUAUCAUGGCACUUCAAUUCUAAAACGGCAGAGAAAAUACGUACUUAAAUCAGCAAUAAAUAGUUAAGAAUCAGAAGCAAAGAACAAGAAGAAAAAGACAUGCAGAAUAAAGUCAAUCACAAAAUGCCUUCUGGGAAAAUGUAAACAUGGUUGAGAAAUUCAAUACAGUUAAGUUGCUGGAACAAUCGAAACAAGACAAAGAAGGCAUCAGUGGGACUCCAAGACACACAACACCCUGAGAGAUCCAUGACGACAGCAUAGAAGAAGGAGAAGAAUCAAGUACUAAAGGUACAAAAUAUGCUUUUAAAAAACCUCAUAACAGAAAACUAACUUCUCAGUGCUGGAAAGAGAGAGUUCAAUCCAGAUGUGAAGUGCUUAGAACACCAAGAGACAGACCAGGAAAGAAUUGGCCCUCCUCACAAUUAGAACACUAAAGACACAGAACAAAGACAGCAUCUCAGCAGCAGCCAGACACACCAUGUCCCAUAGGGCAGAAUGGCAGUAUGGCAGCAGAUUAUUCGGCUGCAACUUUACAGCCAGGAGACCCGGGCAGAUGCAUUUCAAUUCUGACUCAACUGCCAACUCAGAUGACUAUAGCUAGCAAAGCAGUCUGUUGUAACUGAGGGGAAAAUACACACUUUGCAUGAUAAAAAAUAAACAGACUACAGGAAUGCAUGAGCACUAAGCUAGCUCCAUAGAAAAUACUUACAGGAAUCUUUUGGACUGAAAAGAAAAACAAAUUCCUCCACAAAUCCACAGCAAAGAAUAAACACAGUAGGAUAGUAGUUAAGCAAGAGGGGGAAAAAAAAAACCCUACAAAAUCAACAAAUGGCAGGAAUUAACACCCACUUUUCAACAAUAACUGAGUAUUAAUGGUCUCAAUUCCACAACCAAAUUUCAGGGGUUCCCAUACCACUGGGUCUUUGAAAACCUGCAAUCACACGCACAGACCUACAUACAGGCAUGGGCGCACACAAUUGAAAAUAAAAAUAAAUCUUUGGAAAAAAGGGCACAGACUAGUAGUAGAUUGCAUCAAAUGACAGGAAACAUCUACUUGAUGCCUCCAAGAAACAGAUGUCACUACAAAGGCAGAUGUCACCCUAGGGGGAAAGAAUGGAAAAUGAUCCAAGUAAAUAGGCCUAGGAAACAAGCAGGUGCCAGUGUUCCAAUAGCUAAUGAAACAGACUUCCAACCAAAACUAGUGAGAAAAUAUAAAGAGAGUCACUUCAUACUGACUAAGGGAAUGUAAGAGGACUUUAUGAUUCUAAAAGUAUGCCUCAAGCAAGUGCACCUGAUUUCCUAACAAAUAAUAUUAGAUUCAAGCCAGAUUAAGUCUAGCCCAAUACUAGUGGGUGACGUUAAUACCUAAAUCUCACCAACUGAUAUGUCUCCCUAACAAAAAAAUAAACAGAAAUAUGCAAAUUAAAUGAUAUUAUAGAUCAAAUGGACUUAACAGACAUCUACAGACUAGUCCAUCCAAACUCUGCAGAAUACAUAUUAUUCCCAUGGAACUUUCUUCAGAAUAGAUCCCAUAUUCUGAGACAAAGCAAGUCUCAACAAAUACAGAAAAACAAUUCCUUGUGGUUUACCUGAUCAAAAUGGAAUGAAACUACCGGAGGUGGUGGCACACCCUUUUAAUCCCAACACCCAGGAGGCAGAGGCAGAGGGAUCUCUGUGAGUUGGAGGUCAGCCUGGUCUACAAAGUGACUUCCCAGACAGCCAGGGCUGUUACACAGAGAAACCCUGUCCCAAAACACAACAACAAAAAAGCCAGAGAGUGUGCAAAUAAACGAUACAUAUGAGAGCCCUCAAAAAUGAAGGAUAAGCCAAACCCCAAAUCAGGAGAUGGAAAGAAAUCAAGAUCCAUGCAGGAAUUAUUGAAAUGGAAACAAAAAUAACAAUAAAGAAUCAAUGUACCUAGAAGUUGGUUCUUUGUAAUGUAUGAUUAGUCAGACUGAUCAAAAGACAAAGAUAAGAACAUUAGAGACUCAGAUUAAUAAAAUUAAAGAUAAAAGGAGAGCCACUGCAACAGAUACCAACAAAAUUCAGAAAAUCAUUAGGUUUUAUCUUGAAAAUAGGCAUCAUAAAUUUAAAAAAAUACAAAUAAAAAAUAACCCCAAAUUUGCCAGUUAAUUUUUUUUGAGACAAUGUCUCUCUAUGCAUUCUGGAGCUCUCUACAUUGACCAGGCUGGCCUUGAACUCAUAGAGAUCUAGCUGCCUCUGCCUCCCAAGUGGGGGGAUUCAAGGUGUGUGCCACUGCUGCCACCACCACCUGGCAGUUAACUUUAAAAAGAAAACAACAACAACAAAACUCACAGUGUCAACCUGGAACGAAAGCCUAAGGAGGAGCACACACUUGGACCGUCUUUCUCUCCUACAACUAUGAGAAAGCUCACCUCCAAGUGGCUGUGAGCAUCACUCCCACAGUGCAUCACAUAGAGCCUCAGCUGUCUGGCUCUCCCAACUAACCCCUCCCUCCCUCCCUCAUCUAUGAUUGAGGACUACAGAGCCUUACACUGGGCCUUUAGCCCUCCAUGUACAAACACUGACUCUACCACAGUGCAGAUAAACUUCUGUUCUUGGAGUCUGAGGGGAAGAGCUCAUAAACUCAGGGUUGCACCGACAUUCUCUAAAGCCGAGGACAUGUCUUAUGCACCAGUUUACUGAAAUGCUCUUGUCCUCCUUGUGCUUCUUGGAGAGAAAAUCUGGGACUUGGAAAUGAUUUAACAAUUUCUGACAGAACUGAGAACAGAACCUAGGGAACUUCCUAUGUGCCAGACGACUGCUCACAAGCUACAGCCCCAGUCCUUUAAAAAAAUUCUUUAUUUCUUUGUAUUAAAACAAAAGCAAUGGACUGGAUAGAUGGCUCAGUGUUAAGAGCACUGGCUGCUCUUCCAGAGGACCCAGGUUCAAUUCCCAGCACCCAUAUGGUAGCUCACAAUUGUCUGUAACCUAGCUCAAAGUGAUCUACAUUCACACAGACAGACAUGCAGGCAAAACACCGAUGCACAUAAAAUAAAAAUAAAUGUAUCAUUUAAAAACAAAAACAAAACCUAGGAUUUGGGCAGUGGUGGUGCCUGCCUUUAAUCUAAUCGCUUAAGAGGUAGAGGCAACCAGAUCUCUGUGAGUUCAAGGACAGCCUGGUCUCGAGUGACUUCCAGGGCAGCCAGGGUUGCAGAGAAAAAAAAAAACCUUUCCUGAAAAACAAACAAACAAAAACCUGGAACCAGUGGGAUAACUCAGUUGGUAAAGACUCAAGCCUGAUAGCCUGAGUGUGACAGAGGGUCACAUAUAGACGUAAAGAAAGAACCCAGUACACAAAGUUAUUCUAUGAUUGUCACGUGGUGCCAGAGUAUACAUGCAUCCAUACCCACACAAAAUAAUAUCGACAAUGCAUUUUUAUUAAAUUACAUUUAAAAAUUGAACCCAGGCAUGAUGGUGCAAAUCUGUAAUCACAAAACCCAGGGGGCAAAGGGAGGGGAAUCAGGAUCUCAGGGUCUGGCUCUACUACAUACUGAAUUCAAAGCCAGUCUGAGCUAUACGAGACCCUGUCUCAAAAAAACGAACAACAACAUUAAAAAAAAAAAAAACAUGACUACACCAAAAUCUGAAAUCUAAUUGUUUACUAAGUUUAACAUCAAGCUAUGCUGACUAGCUCUUGUGGUUGUAUGUGUCUAGAAGACCUAAACGAAACACUACUAUUUCUGAAUCUUCAAACAGCUAUGCAUUUCAAGACCUAAGUAUAUGGGAACGAGAACAUAUAUAACACUAGGAAAUGCCCAUUAACAAACAACCUGUCUAAAUAGGUACUGUCAGGGCCAGCAAGAUGACUCCGAUGGUAAAGGUACUUGCUGCUAAUGUCUGUCAGCCUGGGUUCAAUUCCUGGAUGCAGUGGAAGGAGAGAAACAACUCCUCCAAGUUAUCUUCUGACCCACACACGUGGCUCAUGCACUUACAUACACAAUUAGGAACUUAAAGGAAAUUUUAAAAAAUCUCAACUGAAAACUGUCUCAGCACUCUCCAUCAGUCACUCCCCAUCAGUCACUCCCCAUCAGUCACACCCCCCAUCAGCCAUUCCUCAUCAGUCACUCACCCCCAUCAAUCAUUUCCCCCAUCAAUAAGUCCUCAUCACUCACUCCUCCCCCCCCAAAGUCACUCCACCCCUCAGUUGCUCGCUUAUUCUGUGAUAAAAUACUAUGAAAAAGCAACUUAGGGAAGACAAGAGUGUGUUCUAGGACUCAAUGUACUAACAGGCAGUCUUGAACUAUCAGCCACUAAUCUGAUCAUGUCCACUUAGUUCUAAGCCCAUUCUCUGAGCAGCAGUGGUAGGUGGAGGGUGAGGUUCACAGAAAUUUUCUACAUGUUCUCGCAAGGGUCCUGUGGUCAGUGUGUGUUCCCAUCUUUCUCCCAUACUCUAUUCCCCAAUUAUCUUGCAAUGCUACACAAUUCAUCCUCCGGUGUCAUCUCUAUAACCUAGGAGGAACAGGCAGCACGCACAUGCAUGCAGAAGCAAGCUAAAACUCAUUCUACAUGCAUGCCCUGGAAGCAAGGUUUAACUUCACACGACCUUUCACAACCCUGUUCACAGUGGCUCCCUCGUUCCUCAUCUAUUGGGCCACACCCACCAUUUGUGCAACAAAGCAAAUACCACCUACCUCAGCAAGAGGUCAUAAAGCCCAGAGCAGUCAGUCAGGGAGGGAAAAGCCUAUAGCGCCCAUCUGGAGAUGAGCGUGAGGACGCAAACCUUGAGGAAUGUGGAGAAGCGUGGAGCAUGCUCAGAAGGACACAUUGACGUCACCCUUUCCUCAGGCCUCUCUUGAUGCCUCAUCAGUAGUAGACAUGACCAAACAAUAGGCCUUGAGUGUCGUCAUUCCUGGGGCCCCACUUCUCUCUGUGGUUUCGGCCCACUACUAGUCAUGGCCCGCAAGGUCCAUUGGCAAUAUAUAUACGUUGUGAGGAAUGAGAAUGGUGAGGAGAUAGCUGAGGUCUCCACCUUAGAGGCUGCCUUGGCGAUGGUGGGUGGCAACCCUAGUGGAGGUGACGCGGGCUGCGUAAUGGAACUAAAUAACGGGGUCUGCCAGGUCCGUGAGAGCCAAAACGACUCUGAGGAGAGCAGUAGGGACCCGAACUCCUCUUCCUCGGAGCCUCACCAGGAGGAGCCAAGGCCCUCAGCCGAGCCUGUGAUUCGGAUUCCCAGGCGCCGUUCAUCACGAAGGCGACGACGAACCACAUUGAAGUUCACACUGGGGCAGGUCGAGGAAAUGGAAAAAUUGUUCAAAGAAACCCAGUACCCAGAUGCGCUUGCCAGGAAAGAACUUGCACAAGCUUUGACUAUUCCUGAAGUCAAAGUGAAGGUUUCCCCAUCAUGAUCUUGAUGCCCUUGCUCAUCGAAUCCCUCUUCUCUCUCUUUGACUGGACUCCUGGAACUCUGCCUGGUGUUUGCUGUGGAUAUCUGCAUCUGCUUCCAUCAGUCACCGGAGAAAAGCUGUGAUGAAAGUGGGGUAUUCACCGAUCUGAUCACUGGGGUAAGCCAGUUCAGUUCAGGUGCCCUCUCCACUAUUUCUAGUAGUCCAAGCUGGGGUCAUCCUUGGGGAUUCCUGGGAACUUUCCCAGCACCAGGUUUCUCUCUAUCCCCAAUAUGUCUCCCUCUAUCAUAGUAUCUCUUUCAUUGCUUUCCCACUCCAUCCCUGUUCUAGUUUGACCAUCUUGUUCCCUUAUGUACUUACCACCUAUCCCCUACCCUCCAUUGCUCUCCUCUCAUCCCCAGUUUACUCAUGGAGAUCUCAUCUAUUUCCCCUUCCCAGGUUGGUCCCUGCGUCCCUCUUUGGGAGUUCCUUGUUAGCUAGCUUCUCUGGAGUUGUGGGCUGUUGUUUUCUAGUUCCAUCCAUUUGACUGUAAAUUUCAUGAUGUCAUUGUUUCUCUCUGCUGAGUAGUUCUCUGUUGUGUAUAUGUACCACAUUUUCUUAAUCCAUUCUUCAAUUGAGUGUCA